AUGCAACGAAGUGAAGCACCCAACAAGAGGAAGAAGAUCACUAACGCCAUCAUCAGCGGCGGUUCUGCUCAGUGGAAACAUCCUAACGAAAUUGAAGACAUCGCCACCAACAAACCGCAGAAUGAAGAAAUCCAAGAGGUUGAUUACGACACCAUUGAAAUAAUGCAGGAGAUUCUUGCUUAUAGAAAUCGGAAAGGAGUGUGGCCAUGUGAAAGCCCAGAUGAUUUGCAAAGAUUCUGCUUUCCUUAUAUUCAUGUGGGCAGUGUGAACAAAGGUGGGUGGUUAAAGAAAAUGGAAGAGAUGAAGAACAAAUUCAACAAUGAGAGUGCUCCACAUGGGGAUGUUGAUAAAAAGGAAUUCGAAUUGUGGAAGAAGAUUUGGGGGAAUGAACAAAAGGGCGAUGAUGAUGAUGAUGAUCCGAGUGCAGUUUCAUGUAAAUGA